AUGUUAACUGAAGUUGGUUUUCAAAAAAUCUAUAAACAGUUCUUCCCACAAGGUGACCCUACCGAAUUCGCUUCAUUUGUAUUUAAAGUAUUUGAUGAAAAUAAGGAUGGAGCUAUCGAAUUUCACGAAUUUAUCAGGGCGCUUUCAAUUACUUCAAGAGGGAAUCUGGACGAAAAGCUACAAUGGGCAUUUAAGUUGUAUGAUCUUGACAAUGAUGGAUUUAUAACUCGAGAGGAGAUGCUUUCUAUUGUUAGAAGCAUAUAUAAAAUGGUUGGAUCAACCGUACGGUUACCAGAUGACGAGAAUACACCAGAAAAAAGGGUCAACCAGAUAUUCCAAAUGAUGGAUAAAAAUAAUGAUGCACAACUAUCACUUGAUGAAUUUAAAGAAGGGGCCAAGGCAGAUCCUUCAAUUGUUCACGCGCUAUCGUUGUACGAAGGUGUCGCUCCAUAG